AUGGCUGGAAGAACAGCUGAAAAUCUUGAUAUCCUUACAUCUCUGUUGGUCUCAAACAACAAUAGAGACAGGGAAGUGGCUGAGAAAGAAGGGGAGGAGAAUGCCCGAGGUGCCAAUAGAAAACCUGCAUUUAAGCCUUCUCCAAAACAUGAUGUUCCAGAGAAUCAUACCAAUGCAGGGGAGCCUGACAGGAGUGAUUCUCAGGAAGCUGAUGACUCAGUGUGA